CACUCAAUAUUUCACACUCAUCUUCACACUCAUCUUCACACUCACUCAUUCACUCUCACUUUAUAAUUUACAAACAAAAUUCAAAAAAAUCAAAGCAUAGAACCAAUGGACAUACUAUCUAAUCCUGAGUUCAUUGAGUUGAUUCCCGGGUUACCGAGCGAACUCGGACUAGAGUGCCUCACUCGUUUACCUCACUCAGCACACCGAGUCGCGCUUCGUGUCUGCAACCAGUGGCGACACUUGUUUCAGAGUGAUGACUUUUACUGUCACAGGAAAAAAACCGGGCACACCAGAAAGGUUGCUUGUUUGGUUCAAGCCCGUGAGCAGCAUGCUGAAGUGGAAAAACCAACUGGGUCAACGCCACCGAGUUACGAUAUCACUGUGUUUGACCCGGAGAGUAUGUCAUGGGAUCGGGUUGACCCGGUUCCGGAGUACUCACUCGGGUUGCCGUUGUUCUGUCAGUUAAUCAGCUGCGAAGGAAGCCUCGUGGUUAUGGGUGGAUGGAACCCGGCGAGUUACGAGCCUUUAACGGCGGUGUUCGUUUAUGAUUUCAGAACAAAUAUGUGGAGGCGAGGGAAGGAUAUGCCGGAGAAGCGGUCGUUUUUUGCUACCGGGUCAGGUCAGGGUCGGGUUUAUGUUGCCGGUGGACACGAUGAGAAUAAGAACGCUCUGAAAACUGCUUGGACUUAUGACCCGAAAAAGGAUGAAUGGACGGCGUUAACUCCGAUGAGUCAGGAACGAGACGAGUGCGAGGGAGUGGUUGUCGGCGGCGAGUUCUGGGUGGUCAGCGGCUACGCAACGGAGAGUCAAGGGAUGUUUGACGAGUCAGCGGAAGUGUUGGAUAUUGGGUCGGGUCGGUGGAGGAAAGUUGAAGGGGUUUGGGAAGCGGGUCGGUGCCCCAGAUCGUGUGUUAAUAUUUGUGAAAAUGGAAAAGUUGUGGAUCCGGGGCUCCGAAUUGGAGUUUGUAGUGUUAAAAUCGGGUCGAAGAACUUGGUGACUGGAUCCGAAUACGAAGGAGCACCAUAUGGGUUUUAUUUGGUAGAAAAUGACGAAGGGCAAAACCGUAAAUUAAGCAAAAUAAGUAGUGUUCCUGAAGGUUAUUCUGGGUUUGUUCAAUCAGGGUGCUGUGUUGAAAUCUAGUAUAAACCGUUAGAUUUAAAAAAGAAAAAUAUCUCUCUUAAUCUAAAUUAAGAGGAAGUAUAUAACUUUGUAUGUACCAUGGUUUUGUAGUGAACUUAUUAGUAUUAGAAUCAUGUAAUUUAUCAUAAUUUUACUUUAUAGUACUUGAACAAAAUCAUGAUACUGUA